UGGAAACUGGCGAAGUUCUUCUGUGAUGAAGUGGUGGUGUUUGGAAGCCAUGGAUUUAUAUCUCUUGAUGCAGCCGUAAUGCCGUGGGCAGGGCCCAGGGGACAGGGCUAUGGGCAGCCAAAACAGUGUUUGGCGCGUGCUUGGAUUGAAAUUGGACAUUGAUUGGCUGUGCUACCAUGCUGAUCGGUCUAGCAUGAGGACCCCAUAUUAAUUGGGAGUUUUGCAAGCUGCCUGAGUUGGUGCAGUGGCUGAUCAUUUAUCACAUUGUCUGCAGUUAUCUGCAACAUUGCAUGCAUGGUGGUCAUGGCAUUGUCUCCUGCCCACCGCUCUUGCUGAUAGCUACACACAACCCUGCAUAUGCACUGCCCUGAGAUAUCUCUUCCUUCUGCUAUAAAUCCAUGGCCUGCUCAACACAAACUUCUUCAUCUCAUCAGCAAGUCGCAAUCUACAAUACACCUUUGGAGACAAAGUGCAAUACACGGCCAAGAACGCAUCAGAAUCGACCAUGAUCCAUCCAAAAAAGCUUGCUCAGCUGGCGAAGAAGCUGCAGAGGAAGGUGUCUGCCGGAGCUGGUGGUCAUCAGGACGACGAGUGCUGCAGCACGGUCGCUGACAAGGGCCAUUGCGUGGUGUACACUGCCGACGGGGCACGGUUCGAGGUCCCGUUGGCGUACCUUGACACGAUGGUCUUCAGCGAGCUCCUGCGGAUGUCCAGCGAGGAGUUCGGCUUCGCGAGUGGCGAUGGAGGCAGGAUCACACUGCCCUGUGACACCGCGGUGAUGGAGUAUGUCUUGUGCCUGGUCAGGAGAGAGGCCUCCAAGGAGGUUGAGAGAGCGUUCUUGAGCUCCAUUGCUGGGCAUUGCCAAAGCUACAGGGCUAGCUGCGUGGCGCCAUCGAUGGGACUCAGCCAUCAAUUUGCUCUUUGUACAUAACUACCAACUUAGCCACUGAGAUAUGUUUUUGUAGAAUCGGAUGUUUUAGGACCAGGAGAAAAUUCACGCAAUCUGAUAUAAAGAUUCAACUAUCAGACGACAUGAUACAAGAGAUAACUUUUUUUCUGGGAGAAUUUUAAUUCGAGCCAUCUCCAUGCUCCAGUGAGAAUUUCUAUGCCAAACAGCCAAAGAAGCCCUUUAAUCGGUACCAUCAGAAGUAUGAAGUCAUCACAUCACUGACCUGAUCGACACAAUUGAGGCGGAGACCUGUCUGUGGGCGCAGCAGAGGUGGUAGAGCUCGGGUUGAUUCUCCCGGCGGGAUCUAAUGUUUCAGCAUGUAGCAUUGUAACUUGGGGUGUUUGCCCUUGCUCAGGCUUGUACAUAUCUUUCCUUCUAAUAUAUGCAUAGAGACACAAGCUUUACGUUUUCUCAAUAAAAGAAGAAGGGAGUGGUAACCAUUCUUGGUUCAUCACAUAGUAGUAUGCAGUUAAAAUGUAAGAAAAAAUGGCUGCCACAGCUGGUUCUCCAUGUU